AUGACUGAAAGAUCCCUCAAAAGACAAAAGGUGGUUAUUGACGAUUCACAGGCGGAGAAGGUUGCAGAGGCGGCAGAACAGUCCCUUCAUGAUCAUCCACAUGCCGAAGAGAAGGAAAAGUUGAUCCACCACGAUAAUGGCGAAUUCAAAGGACUCGUGCGCCACCAAACAACAGCUCAAGAUGCCGAAAGACUAGAAGAUGGCCCCAUUAAUCCAUUCACAGGAGACGAAUUUUCCGAUGCAUAUUUCAGGAUCCUUAAAGUGCGUCGUGAUUUACCGGUGCAUGCCCAGAGGCAAGAGUUUCUCAGGAUUUUCCACUCGACCCAGAUUAUGGUGUUUGUUGGUGAGACCGGUUCGGGAAAGACGACCCAGAUACCCCAGUUUGUUCUUUAUGAUGAGAUGCCUCACCUAACAGGGAAGCAAGUAGCAUGUACACAACCAAGAAGAGUUGCCGCCAUGUCGGUUGCCCUGCGUGUCGCCGAUGAGAUGGAUGUUAACCUCGGUGAAGAAGUUGGGUAUAGUAUACGUUUCGAAAAUAAAACGAGCUCAAAAACGAUAUUAAAGUACAUGACAGAUGGUAUGUUGUUGAGAGAAGCAAUGGAUGAUCAUAAUUUGAGUAGAUACUCGUGCAUCAUCCUAGAUGAAGCGCACGAAAGAACAUUGGCUACUGAUAUAUUGAUGGGAUUGUUGAAACAAAUCAGUUUGAGAAGACCCGACUUGAAAUUGAUUAUUAUGUCGGCCACAUUGGAUGCCGAAAAGUUUCAAAGUUAUUUCCAUGAUGCACCAUUGUUGGCAGUUGCUGGUAGAACACAUCCGGUUGAGAUUUACUACACGCCCGAGUUUCAACGUGAUUACUUGGAUGCAGCUAUACGUACUGUAUUGCAGAUCCAUGCCACUGAGGAUGAAGGUGACGUGUUGUUGUUUCUCACUGGUGAGGAAGAGAUUGAAGAAGCUUGCAGAAAGAUUCAGUUAGAAGGUGACGAGUUGAUUAGAGAACAAGGUUGCGGACCGUUAAAAGUGUAUCCAUUGUAUGGGUCAUUACCUCCUAAUCAGCAGCAGCGUAUUUUUGAGCCAGCACCAGCUCCAAUUGGACAAGGCGGUCGUCCCGGUAGAAAAGUCGUUGUGUCAACCAAUAUAGCAGAAACGUCAUUAACCAUUGAUGGUAUUGUCUAUGUCGUUGACCCGGGAUUCUCCAAGCAAAAAGUGUAUAAUCCAAGAGUGCGUGUUGAGUCGUUGUUGGUGUCUCCAAUCUCGAAAGCGAGCGCACAACAAAGAGCCGGUAGAGCUGGUCGUACCAGACCAGGUAAAUGUUUCAGAUUGUACACCGAGGAAGCAUUCAACAAGGAAUUGAUUGAACAGUCGUAUCCAGAAAUUUUACGGUCAAACUUGUCAUCGACAGUGUUGGAGUUGAAGAAAUUGGGUAUUGACGAUUUGGUCCAUUUUGACUUUAUGGACCCACCGGCCCCAGAAACGAUGAUGCGGGCAUUGGAGGAGCUAAACUAUUUGCAGUGUCUUUCCGAUGAAGGUGAGUUGACUGCAUUGGGGAGAUUGGCUUCGAAUUUCCCCCUUGAUCCUAUGCUUGCCGUUAUGUUGAUUGGCUCGCCGGCUUACAAGUGUUCAGAGGAAAUCUUAACCAUUGUUGCCAUGUUGAGUGUUCCUAGUGUGUUUGUGCGUCCGCAAUCAGCACGCCAACUAGCUGAUGAGGCUAAACUAUCGUUUGCCCAGCCCGAUGGCGACCACUUGACCUUGAUCAAUGUAUACGAAGCAUUUGCUGCGCAAUCUGAAGCAGCCCAUAAAUGGUGUCGUGACAAUUUCCUCAGCUAUCGGUCGUUGGUAUCAGCACGUAAUGUCCGCUCACAAUUGCUGCGAAUGAUGGAGAGAUACGACUUGGAACUUGUGUCACAGUAUGGUGAAAUUAGUGAAGGUCAGUAUUGGCAAAAUGUUAAAAAGGCACUUGUUGGUGGAUUUUUUAUGCAAGUGGCCAAAAAGAGGAGUGGUGGAUCAAAGGGAUAUCUCACCGUGAAAGAUAACCAGGAUGUCAUGAUCCACCCAAGCACAGUGGUUUCGCAGCCGGGCGAAUGGGUCAUUUACAAUGAGUUUGUAUUGACGAGCAAAAACUAUAUCAGGACUGUCACCAUUGUGCAACCAGAAUGGUUGGUUGAGAUUGCGCCAAUGUACUACAACUUGGACCAUUUUGCUAAAGGUGAUGUGAAGUUGAGCUUGGAAAGGGUAGUUGAUAGGAAAAAGAGGAAAUAG